AGUUACAGUCCGAUCCGUGUGUGUUCCGCGCUCGAACGGAGAGGACAGCCGGAGACGCGCAAUGAAUGGCGAGCUGCGCGGGACCUCGCGCCGAAAACCUCCGUUCAACCGCAAUGGCUGAGGAGAUUUUCUGUACAUCGGUGAAUUGCAACUGUAAGAGUUUCAGACCAGGAAGGCUGCGGAGACGACAGUGCGAGAUCUGCGGACACGGAUGGGUUGCUCACGCACUGAGCAAGCUGAGGGCACAGCCCACCCAUCACGAUGGCCAAGUGGAAGUGGUCCACUGCAGUGCAGCUUUCGAUAUCUGCAGCCUCAUGCUGUUCGGAACCCAGGCCAUCCCUGUACGACUUAAGAUACUUCUGGACCGCCUCUUCAGUGUGCUCAAACAGGAGGAGGUCAUCCAGAUCCUGACUGCACUGGAGUGGACUUUGCAGGACUACGUCCGAGGAUACAUCCUACAGGAUCCCUCAGGAAAGGUUGUGGAUCGGUGGGUCAUGAUGACCUUUGAGGAGGAAAUUGCCACCCUGCAGCAGUUCCUCCGCUUUGGUGAGACAAAGCCCAUUGUGGAGCUCAUGACCAUCCAGGACAAGGAGGAUCAGGCCAUUGCUGUGUCCGCUGCUUGCUCUGAGUCAGUCAUUCAGGCCUUCAUGGAAAACAGUCCUCCUUCCUGCCCUGACUUCACUACAAAUGCCAGAAACUGGACUACUGGGGCCGAACAUCAUUUUGUGGACUCUUUCAAGAACGGUGCAUCCAUGUUGCCCUUCCAGUUCCUCAGCUACUUAUCCACUCCCCUGCUAGACUGCACCCCUGGUAUCGGGCCAUACCAGUCAGAAAAGAUCCAGAUGGAAGAGGAUCAAAUUAAAGGGUGUGGCCUUAUGAAUAUCAGCACCUCCCCCUUUGCUUCCAGAAUCGAGAAGAGCGAUCAUACUGCAUCAGCCAAAGUGGUGGCUGAUUGCCGCCCCAUCAGGGACAGCCCUUCUGAACUAUUCAGUGUCUCUGCAACCUCCAAACUCCUGCAGGUGUCCUCCGAGAAAAAGACGAGGCGCCUAGAGAAGAGCAGUGUGAAUGAUGGCAGCCUGAGGAAGGGGAGGGUUUUCUGUAGUGCCUGCAAGAAGACAUUCUAUGAUAAGGGUACGCUGAAAAUCCACUACAAUGCCGUACACCUGAAGAUCAAGCAUCAGUGCACUGUGCAGGGAUGCAACAUGGUGUUCAGCUCCCUGCGCAGCCGCAAUCGCCACAGUGCCAACCCCAAUCCCCGCCUCCACAUGCCCAUGAACCGCAACAGCCGGGAAAGGAACACGGGGCGCUGCUCAGCUAUGGACAAGGUGUCAGAAGGUGAGCGUAGACCUGAAUCCAGCAUGGCUGUAAGUGCCACCACAGAUAGUCCAGGACCCAGCUACAUAUUCCGUACUACCAACCACAAUCUGCUCAGCCAGAGUGAGAUGCUCUUCUCAGACUUAAAGCCCAUUUUGCCCUUCUACUGCAAUGGCUUGGUCACACCAGCGGAGUUCACCAAUGUCCCAGGUACUCCACCCUCCCCUCCAGUGGUACCUUUGUCUGUUCCUGCCAGUUCUGCUGAAGCAGAUAUGCAAUCUAGCAUCGUACCAAAGAAGAAGUCUCGCAAAUCGAGCACGCCCAUUAAAAUCGAGAAGGAACCAUUCGAAAGUGCACAUAGCCAGACGGAGGCGAGAAACUCUGACAACGAGCUGGAGAACAAACAAGUAAAUGGGAAUCUUUCUCAGCUCACAUACACGGAAAGACCACGAGACAGAGGGCAGAGGCAAGUGGACUUGAGAUUAAGUGCAGAGCUGCGCAUCAGCAUGGGCACCUCUUCUUCCAAAGAUACCAACUCAUCUGAAUUGCCCAAACUUGACAGUGCACUGCUAGUACCUGACCCAGGGGGUCACACCGGUGACCAGCCAGAAACCCCACUACCCAGCAAUGACCAUGUUGAGAGUAACUUCCAACCAUCAGCUGAGGGACUGUUUCGAAUAUUGACUAAUUACACAGAAGCCCCCAAGGCCUGUGUGGAAAACUGUGAGAGUGACCAGCCCCAGUUAGAGUGUGUUUGUCAAGGGGAUGCAGCUGAGCCCUGCAACAUCUGCACAAAGGCAUCCAAAAGCUCCUACAGCAUCAGGAUGCACUACCACAGCUCACACAUAAAAGAAGUGCACCUGUGUGGUGCAGACCGCUGCAAUGCUACCUUUCUUUCCCAGAGAAGCAAUCACAGAUGAAACUUCAUCUCUGUGGAGUGGUACAGCCCAAGAGUACAGACCUUGACCUGAAACAGUAACCUCAGCACUACUAUUUAAAAAGAAAAUGAAGUCACACACAUGUCUCCAGAGAGUGGCCUUGUGUGUAACCAUCUACUUUUGUAACCUGUGAGGACGUGGCUAAGCCUUUCCUCAAACUUCUGGUCUGUAACCUCUGGGGUGGGCCUAGCCCAUCAGCUCCACUCGGAUAUCUCACUAGGGACAAAACCAGCAACCUUGCCUUGAGCAAAGUUUCAGACACCCACUCCAGGCAAAGCCUUUCCUAUGGCUGAGACCUCUGAUGGUGUGGAGUGCAUUGUAGAAGAGGGCUGUGACAAAUGUGCUGGCUCACGGGACAAGAGCUCACUGACUCCAGGUGCCUGGAUUUAGUCGUCUUUAUUCUGGAACUCUUAAGCUGUGUGAGGUCUCAGGGAGAAAGGAAUCAGAAGCAGUCCUUCACUGUCAAGCAGAGGCUUAAGUAGAGGAGUUAUGGCAACUUGGCAUAUAGAUUUUUUUGUGUGACAUGGUUACCAGCUAGGCAAGCAGGUGUAGCUGUUAGUGUGUAUGAUGUUCCAUAUAUAGUAUUGGUAACAUCGCAAUGCAUUGUGUUCCAUUCUGUAGGUAUGUGUGUAUUGUGUUCUGUAUACUGUAUACAUGUGCGUGCCCUGUCUUCCCACACACAACAAGGGCGUAUAUUAGAUGUCAAAGCACGUCCUUCCCUAAGGCAUGUAAUGGUGAACACUUCCACUUGGACCCCACAGGGGCUGCAAUGAGGUUUCGUUGCUCGAGGAGUGUUAUCAGAGCUGAACAAACCAGACUGUCCACACUGACUGAAGGGGAGAAGAACUUGGCUGGCUCUCCCAUGAACUCCUGCCUCUGCUACAACUAGUAUUCAUACUAGUGCUGAGUAUUCCUAUAAACUUCAAUGUUUUUUAAGGACAUCUUUUGCAAAAAAAAAAAAAAAAAACGUGUUUUCCUGUUUUGUUCUAACACUGAAGAUGUACUUGGGAAUUAUGCUUUUGUCAGCGACACAUUGAGUAUUUGUUUAUGACUAAGUGCACAACACGGAGCUCCUCAGAGGAAAGCCCGUCGAUCACGUUCAUUUAGCUCUUGACUACCUUUAUAGUUCUUUGACUAGAAAUUUGACUCUGAGUUAUUGUACAAUUUAAACGAAUGCUUGUCCCUCUGUCUCAAAUGGCCCCGAUGGACAAUUUUUUUUUUUUUAAAUGAAAAAAUCUGCCACUAGUUUAAAACUGCUUGCUAAGUUUGCGUGACCUACAGUAGGCUUUCAGAAAAGAAUCCGCAUUACAUUUGCAUACAGCAGAUGGCACAUCUACAGGACAAUUGUACGAACUUAUACACGUUUUCAGACUGACCAUAUUGAUUAAAAAUUCAUGGAAUCACCAGGAUUCACACCAAACAAUUUCUUUCAAAAUGACAUAUGUUCUUCUCAAAGUGAGUACAGUGAUCACUCAUCAGCGAAAAAAGAUAUCUGAAGAAAAAAGUGAACUGUUCAAUGGCUGCUUGGUUUUAUAUGUUUUUGCUUUUAGUGGAAUCAUUCCCUCUGAUGGCAGCUGCUGUAAAGCUUUGGGUUUAAUGGAUGUAACAAGACUGUGGUCCUUAAACCUCCUUGUGGGAACAAAAGCAAGAUGGGCUGUGGAGCAGCUGUUUAGUACUGGCAGUACUACAGUCAACACUUUUGUUUAGUAUGCCAAAGGCUAAGCUGAACAAAGAGGUCUCAUCAUUAAAAAAAUUAACACAAUUAAAUUUAAAUGUAAUGAUUAUAAAUUAUUUUUACAUAAUGCAUAAAAUCCUUGUAUGAUAGAAGCUUAAACACCACACCAUUCAGUGUUUGUGUUUUGUUAUAAAAGCACAAGAUUGUAUAUUCUGUGUUGUAAUAUAUUGUCUACAGGUGGAGUCUGAUCAAUAAUACAGCCAGGCUUUUGUGGUCUUCGCAGACAUGGGCGUUAUGUAACUAUACGGACUAUAAGCUUUCGUUGCUUAGAAUGUGUCAGAAUUAUGGGUCAGAGAGCAUGCAUUUAGCAAGUCACUGUCAGUAUUAAGAAUGCAAACUGCAA